UUGUAUUUUGUCCAGCAUGGAGCGUCUAUUGGAGUUGUUGUUGCUGCUGCUACUGGGCGAUGCCUGCUGGAGCCUGGGUUUGUGCAAGAGCGAUCAGAUUUGCAUCAGCGAGCGGCGGUGCAACGAGACGGACGAUUCGGGCAGUGGAAUCUUUGGACCGCGCAUACUGGGCCGCGGCUGUGGGGCGGGGCUCGUCUGCUGCGACAAGGCGCAGCUGGAGAGCUACGAGGCCAGCAUGGCGAUGCGCCGAUCGAAGCAGAUGACGCCACAGCAGGCCAUCGAUGUGGACUCCAAGCUGGACUACAAGAGCUGCGCGGCGCGGAGUCUGUGCGUGCCGCGGCACCUCUGCCGCACGGGCACCGUCAACGAGGACGGCCGAUUCAUACUGAAGCCGCGCAUCGACAACGCCAGCAACUCGGGCUGCGGCAUAUUCGAGAGCUGUUGUCCGAUUGGCGAUCAGCUGGAUGAGAGGGAUAAUCCAGUGCGACGCCAGCUGAACGACUUCAAGUACAAGGGCUGCGGCUAUAGCAAUCCGACGGGCCUCUACUACGCCCUGGUGGGCUACAACGACCACGAGGCGCGCUUUGCCGAGUUCCCCUGGAUGGUGGCCCUGAUGGACCUGCAGGGCAAAUACAUAUGCGGCGGCACACUGAUCCAUCCCCAGCUGGUGCUGACCAGCGCCCACAAUGUGGCCCAGCUGGGCGCGGACGAGCUGCUGGCCCGGGCCGGCGAAUAUGACUUGAAUAGCAACGAGGAGCCGUACGCCUUCCAGAGCCGUCGCAUUAGCAAUCUCUGGCGCCACGAGCAGUUCAACGCGCUCAACUUUCGCAAUGACAUCGCCAUGCUGGUGCUGGAGCGGCGCUUCCAGCUGGCGCCGCACGUGCAGCCGCUCUGCCUGCCGGCGGCCGAGAGCACGGCGCUGCAGAAGGAUCUGCGUGAGGCGGAGUGCUUUGCCACCGGCUGGGGCCAUCGCAAUUACUCGGCUCCCGGCAUGGAGCACAUACUGAAGCGCAUCGAUCUGCCCGUGCUGGAGCACGAGCACUGCCAGAGGCUGUUGCGCCGCACAGUGCUGGGGCGACGCUUCAAGCUGGACUCGAGCUUCCUCUGCGCUGGCGGCAUCCAGGGCAAGGACACCUGCAAGGGCGACGGCGGAUCGCCUCUGUUCUGCAGCAUGGCCGGGCAAGACAAGCGCUAUCAGCUGGCCGGCAUCGUCUCCUGGGGCAUCGAGUGCGCCGACAAAGAUAUCCCCGCUGCCUACACCAAUGUGCCCCAUCUCAGGAGCUGGAUCGAUGAGCAGGCCUCCAAAAUU